UCGACGACGACGACGAGCAUGUCCUCCCUCUGUACAAGACUACGUCUACCAACAGAGCUCGACAUGUCCGCCCCAUUAACAAUACGACGUCUCUAUCACCCAGGGAUCCCACCAAUAGCGGCUGCAAAUAGAACUCGGCCCUUGCGCGCCGCGGCGACUAGGACAACGGCUUCGUGCAGCACCACACGGGCACACUGCGGGUUGUCGGUGCCACGUUCGUGUUCUGCUACUCCUUCCACGCUGUCGUAUUCUUUUCCUGGGUCGGCGCUUACUGUCAGAACGUAUUCGACUGGACACGUCAACAGAUUCAAUCGAAUACACCAACGACACGUCUGCUUACCUCUUGCCUGCUCCUCUUGCUCCUUCACGCCCUCUAUCUCCCUUGUACAUCUUCUGGGCAACCAAGCACUCCAACGAAGAGGUAUAAUCGUUCUUCGGAACAGACGACAACCAACCCUUGACUCACAGAACGACGGCGUCCGCCGAAUCCCACUCUCCACGUCGUCUAAUUGCGCUUGCCCGACUCCUAACCCUCCAUCCCCAACCACCUCCGAAUCCUCCCUUGCUACAGUCCCAAAAAUGCCUUCGAAGAACGGGCACAGUAAUCACGCGCACGAACACGAGCAUCCAGAAAAGGCUGGGGUAGUUCCUGCUGCUGCGGCUGCGCAUAAUCAUGAGCAUGAGCAUGACCAUACCCAUGGAGGACUAUUCCACUCGCAUGAGCAUGCUGGUGAUCGGGAGGGCAUGGAGCUUCUCAUCAAGGCGCUGCAAGGCAAGGGUGGGAGAGGAGCCAAUGUUACGCUCCUGGGUGCGCUAUCCAAUGUCGGCCUUACGAUUGGGAAAGGUGUAGCAGGAUGGACGCUCAAUUCCGCAGCUCUAGUCGCAGAUGCUGGUCAUUCUGCAGGAGAUCUGUUGGGGGACUUUGUCGUUCUCGCAACGUGGACGACCUCCCGAAAAACACCGACAGCCGACUACCCUUACGGAUACGGCAAGUACGAGUCGCUGGGCACAGUCGUGAUCUCCCUGCUUCUUGUGGGAGCUGCCUACUUCCUAGGCCAGCACUCGCUCAUGCUCACUAUGGCUGCCCUCGAGCCGCUCAUGGCCACAGCCACGGCCCCCGCAGUGGUAGACGUGCUCGAGCCGCUUGCGCAAUCUGCGAAAGCCGCGAUAGAAGCGGACACCGAGUCCCUCACACUCGACCCGAACGCUGCCUGGUUCGCGCUCAUCUCCCUCGGAGUGAAGGAAUGGAUGUACAGGUUAACGAAGAAGGUUGCUGACGAGGAGGGGUCGACCGUACUAGCAGCAAACGCCUACCACCACCGGUCAGACGCAUGGACUUCUGGUGUCGCCCUCGUUGCUAUCCUCGCUACCUGGGCAGGUGUGCCAGCUAUGGAUCCGUUAGGCGGGCUGUUGGUCAGUGCUGCUAUCGGCUGGCAGGGGUGCAAGUGGGGUUGGAGAGGCCUCAUGGACCUGCUUGAUGCUGGUGUCUCUGCACCGGAACGUGCCGCGCUCGCGGGUCUGCUCACCCCCCUCCCCGCAGCGAGGGGUACGCCAACCCAGGAACUGCUCGCAAUACGUAACGUGCGCGCGGUGAAGAGCGGUUCGCAGCUGUUUGUUGACCUCACUGCUGACGUCCCGGGAGGGAUGACGAUGCGAGAAGCGCACGAAGUCGAACGGUGUAUUCGGGAGACGCUGAUGCACGACAGGAAGGAGAUCAAGGAAGUCAGAGUGCACCUACAUGUGGAGCCUCAUGAGGCAGCAAAGGAAAAAGCAGAGGAGAAGGGAAAUGGACAUCCGUGUUGAGUUGGGGAAGAGGCGAGUGGGAUCUGAUUUAGACAUAACGUAUUCACGCAAUG